AUGACGGGCUUGAAAGUUUAUCUGAAGAAAUGGAAAAAGGGCCUUAAAAAAUUUAACUCAAAACUAAUAAAUGAGAUUCAUGAAGAGUUGCAACAAUCAGCUGAACUUCAUUCUGAUUAUCAGUAUUUGAUAGAUACAGGAUAUUUCCAUCUGGUUCUCUGGGAUAAUUUGGGAACAGCUCCAAGCAAAGAACAUGUAGAAUUGAUAGUUAGAUUGGCUGUUUAUGAUCUGACCGUAAACGACUCCCUUAAUUCUUGUAACUUAUUGGAAAAGGACAUACUUUCAUCGAAAGAACAGUUCGAGGUUUUGAUCUGCACGAUUUUGGACUCCAUCACUGAAAUAAGCAAGACAGACAGCUCCAGUUACGUAUACUAUGAAUCAUGUUUCGAUUUCCUAUCUCUAUUAAUAACAGAGCAUUUAUCGAACAAGUUAAUUGAAAAUUACUCGAAGAAGAUGUUCACAAUUUCAAGCUGGAAAUAUUUGAAGAAUGUAGAUGAGUUACUUUCCACGAUGCCCGAGACUGUUCAGGAAUUGUAUACGAAAGAAGUAGGAAAGAAAUCAAAAGAGGAGAACGAAAAGGUAAAAGAUAAUUGGGCAUACAAUUUACUCAACUGGUAUCUGGUAUCUGGUAAAAACCACCCUCAUUUGAAGACUUCCAUUGAGAAGUUUUUGGUGGUAUGUCUCUCUCUGGUGUCCAUUAGAUUUAGCUUGAGAACGUUGGUCAAAGAAAUCAUGGUACCCGAGGAAGAUUCUGUAUUGAGAUACAUAACGUACUAUCCAAUCGAUGAAUUUUCUUAUAAGAUGAAGUCAUUGGAACAGCUUGAAACUGACCAGUUGGAGAAAUUUUAUAGACUUCAAAAAACAGUAAGUGCUCUGGAUUCCUCAGAUGUCUUAAAAUGGUUCACUUUAUUACCUUCUAUAUAUAAUCUUGAAGAAGCAGAUAAAUCUGCUAGAGAAGUUUUAUCAGAGUUUCUCUAUAAUAUCAAGGAUGAGCGACUAUUAUUGGAAUUAGCAGCCUCGAUGAAUGUCUGUCAACACCGAAAGGAUCCUUUCGACAUUCCUUGUAUUAUAAAGUCCAUUUUGAAUGAUCUCUUCCCUCCAAACUUUGAUUUAAAGCUGUCGGUUGCAGAUAAUUUGGAUCAAUUUGACAAAAAAGAUAUCCCUGGAAAUAGUGAAAUCGAAGAAGUCAUUUCAGGACGUCUGGCCAAUUUCCUAUCAUUACAUCAUUUCAUUCAGUCCACAUUCCUAGCAUAUAGUCAAUCCUAUCGUAAGGGUUCUUUCAAGAGCACUUUAGAGAUUCUUGAUAGACUUUCCAUCUCCAAAAGUGGGGAAAUAAAAGGCUCAAGUAAAUAUUCUAGCCCAAUCAAGACAAUAGAAUUAGGAUUGGAUGGGAUUAGCUCUGUAUUCCUUGAAAAGGAUAUUUCAUUCACUGUUGGAAACUUUAUUUUGUUAGUUGAGAUUUUGAAGCCCAAUCCAUACGGUACCGGAGAGUUGAUGAAGAAAUACGGAGUAUCUUCUUCUCAGAUUUGCAUAGUGAGAAGUAUAAAGAAUAAAACUUGUGUGGUAGUGAAACCUAAUGGAUUCCCAGUGAAUUUGACACACUAUAAUACUAUUAUUAAGUUGCCAGAAGAUUUCAAUGGCAUACGUUUGCUUCUCGAAAAGCCGAAUGUAAUCACUUCAUUGCAACUUCCAUCUUUGAUUGAGGAUUUAAUAACGAAGAAUGAGUUCAAGCAUGCGAAGAAGUUGAAAGAAUUUAAAUUGGAUUUACCCAAUUCAUACCAACUUUUAAAAAAAGAGUUCAAGGAAAUAGAAUUUGAAAUGAAUGGCCAAGAUCGAAAAAGAAUGAAAAUAGAAGCGAGAACUGUAAGUCAAAAUAGUGGUCCUUUGAUGGUUAAUGUUGAUAAUACAGGUGUUAACAUCAAAGAACUCGACAUAAGCCCAGGAACUUCAAUUGAAGGAGAAUUAUCGUUCGAAUGUCUUUAUUCGUCUUUUUCUUCAGGCUUGACGAUAAUCAAGACACUCCCCUUUUCAAACGAAACAUUCACUAAGUCUUUGCUAUCUAACUUGUUGUUGAACUUCCCAAAUGAGAAAAUAUUAGUAGUGGUUCCAGAUUAUGCCUCUGAUUUCAAAAUUGAGAGAGGUGCCAGGCUGAUUUUCCUCUCUGGAAAUUUAUCCUUCGAUUUGAAGCAAUUGGACAAUAAGGUCAAGGAGCUCAAUUCAUUACAAGCUACGUUAUUUGCAAAGGUAGAUUCAUUGUCCAAUGAGUUGAGAUUAGACAAUUUAAAUUUCAGCCAAUCUUAUGAAGAUUCCGUCAUUUUACUCAAGCGCCAUAUUGAACCCCAAUGGUUGAAAUUCUUGCUGAAGGUUAAGAUUACUCCGAGCAAUGAGACUUUACAAUCGGAGUACUUUUUCAGGCAGGAUAUAGAUAAAUCUCUCUCCUUUGAAGCAAAUUUGAAGAAGAUCAUGCUUUCAUACAUAGAAGUUCUUUCAAUAUUCGAACAAUUGAAACUUUUGAACCCAUUGAGAAAAUUGGACAACCAGAGUACAAGACAUAGCUACAUCGUCAACACAUACUGCAAUGUCGUUCAGGCUAGGUACCAAUUUUUCAGGAAAGAAUUACAGUCUUCGGAAUUGUUGUCAUUACUGAAAAAACUCAGAUUUGGUUCGGUUUUACUAACUGAGGUUCAUUUAAAAACAGCUUUUGAAAGUCUUAUUCCCUUCUACUUCAUUAAAAGUGUUAAGAGAGUGAUUGUUAUGGGUAACGAAUUUGUUAAUAGAGAGUCAUUGGUGAGCAAAUACAAGACAAGAACCCUUGGCCCCAUUGGCCCUGAAAUGCAUGUUAGGAGCGAAAUAUCUUCACUAUACCAUUCUGAAGCUAAAUAUUUGGAUGAGCUCCCUGUAUUUAAUGGAGGUUUUGAUAAGUGUGUGCAAAUUGUAGAAUCGAAGCCUGAUGCCCACCCUCGUGUGAAUAUAGAUGAAGCAGAAUAUAUUGUUGCAAUUUAUCAAUACAUGCGAGCAUUGGGAUAUAAAUCCAAUUCGAUAGGAAUACUAUGUCAUUCUCCAUUUCAGCAACAUCUCAUCAACGAAGUAUUGAACAAAAAGUGUGUUGCUACAAAUUGCAGCACAGGUUUACCACAUUAUGUAAAUACCGAAUUAGGGGAGCCACUUGACUACAUUUUAGUUUCCAUGCAUGGAUGUGCAAACGUUCUUUUUGAGCUAAAAAGGGCAUCUACUAUAUCAAGACUAGGUUUGUAUGCAUUAUCGGCUGGUGAUAAUAUCCCAAAGGGAUUUCAAAAAAGUUCAAAACUAAGAAUUAGGAUAGGAGAAGAUCACGCAAGUACUAAAAGAAGCAAACAGACCUUUCAGGUCGAAGAUUCAGCGCAUAUGGUAGACUACGUGCUGCAACUAUUGAAGAAGUAG